CCAGGAAGCGCCAGAGAGUCAAGGGAGGGAGCUUUGAGCUCAGCGCUCAAGACGAUCGCUCAGUCAAUACUCAGUUCAAGUAUGAGUUAGUUGAUCUGCCUUACAAGUUAUACAGUAUCAAAUUCUUGAGGUGAAGCAUUUUUUUUUAGUGAAAUUAUGGGUGUCGCUCUUAUUCUAAUGGGAUUAACCAUCCUAGCGGCCACUGUUUAUGUGCAUGUGAAGAAGAGACGAAUUCUGAAGAUGAUUGGACAUCUCGAUCAUUUUCCCCAGUGGCCAAUAAUCGGUGGAGUUCACUCUUUUGCCGGGAAGGACGUUGCAGGAAUAACCGCUACAAUUGACCACUUGCUGAAGAACGUUAAUUUGCCGGCAUACACUUGGGUUGGACCUCUCAAACUUAUAAUGGUGAUAGAUGACCCUGAGGACCUCGAAACCCUUCUUUCGGAUCAAUCAGCCCUUUACAAGCCCUACAUUUAUAAGUUCUUCAAGAACGACCGAGGAUUAAUCACAUCUCAACCUCAUAUCUGGAAGACGCACAGGAAGAUUCUCAACCCGUCAUUCUCAAUAAACGUCAUGAAGCACCUCAUACCGAUGUUUCCGACCAAAAUCAACAAAAUGAUCAGCAAAAUCAAGGAACUCGAGGAAGGAGUUGACGUUAAUCUGCUGGACUAUCUGUACAUGUGCACUUUGGACAUGAUAUCAACGUCCGCGACUGGAGUGGAUAUUGACCUACAGGAUGGGAAGAACCGCGAAUAUCUCAAAGCUGUAAUUGCCGGUGCUGAUUUGAUUGCCACGCGCAUUAUCACUGUUCCCUAUCACAUUGAGUGGAUCUACAGACUCUCGAAUCUGUACAAAGUGGAGAAGAAAGCUGUGGUGGCGGUGAAUAAAUUCCUAGAUGGCAUUAUCAAACUUAAAAGGACGAUGUUUGAUGAAGCAGCAGAUGCUGAAGAAGAGCGAAGAGAGGAAUUGGCAAGGCUCAACAAUGAAGAGAUUGAGACGAAGCCCAAGAUAAUCAUUAACCAACUCUUUCGCUACUGGACUCGAGGACAGCUGGACUUUAAGGAUGUGCGCGAUGAACUUGAAGUUAUGUUGUACACCGGAGCUGACACAUCAACUCACUUGUCUUCCUACACACUUCUCAUGCUGGCAAUUCAUCCUGAAAUCCAGCAAAAAGUCGUGGAAGAACUGCAAAGUGUUUUCGUGGACGAAUCCGUGCCUUUCGAUUAUGACAGUGUGAAGCAACUCACUUAUCUUGAGAUGGUCAUCAAGGAGACUCUUCGACUCUAUCCAGUUAUUCCUUACGUUGCGCGUGAAGUCAAGGAAGAUGUAAAGCUCAAGAACUUCACUGUUCCUGCCGGAACGAUGAUAGGAGUUCCCUUCAUUCGGAUGCACAGAAAUCCCGUGGCUUUUGGGCCGAACCCCGAACUCUUCGAUCCUGACAACUUUCUGCCGGAGAGAGUGGCCAAGAGACAUCCUUUCCAGUACAUGCCGUUCUCUUGUGGUCCCAGGAAUUGCAUAGGCAUGACUUAUGCCCUCUUUUCUGUCCGCACAAUUGUGGCAAUGAUGAUGAUGAACUUCAAAAUAAGCACUCGAAUACGGUUUGAGGACAUCAAAGUCGUUUACAACAUCACUCUGCGGAUUACUAAUGAGAAUCUCGUCAGUCUCACGCCGCGUAAUGAGUUUUGGCGGAAAACUGCAUCCACGGCAGUCACUCUCAAUCAGAUCAAUCUGCUGGCGAACGGCUACCAGUGCGGUUGGUUCACGGAAAAUCUCAGUGUCGCAAUGGCUCUCGUCAGUGUUUUUGCAGUUCUCCUGGCAGUGUCUAUUGUGGUACUUCUGAUCUACAUUCAAGUGCGAAAGAAGAGACUCCUGAAGCUGAUUGGCGCCGAUUUGGAUCGCUUUCCCGAGUUUCCUCUCAUUGGAGCGGCAUUUUCGUUCUUGGGCAAAGAUUGCGCAGGCGUCACCGAGACUGUCGAUCGACUACUGAACAGUGUCAAAUUGCCGGUGUACACGUGGAUUGGCCCUUUUCAACUCUUCAUCAUCAUUGACAAUCCCGAGGAUUUGGAGAUCCUGCUGUCCGAUCCAAAUGCCAUGGGGAAGCCUUAUAUUUACAAAUUCUUCAAGAAGGAUCGCGGUUUAGUGGCUGCGGAUGCGCACAUUUGGAAGGUGCAUCGCAAAAUCCUAAGUCCAUCUUUCAGCAUCAACAUGAUUAAGACUUUAAUCCCGACUUUCCAUCGAAAAGUUGAGAAGAUGGUUGAAAAGCUGAAAGCCGAGAAGGAAGGAGUGGACGUUAAUUUGCUUGAACACUUUUACAUCUGUGCAGUGGACAUGAUCUCGUCCGCAACGACUGAGGUUGACAUUGACAUUGACGACGAGAAGAAUCGCGAAUAUGUGCGCGCCGUGAUUGCCGGCGCUGAUCUGAUUGCCUAUCGCAUGAUUCAGGCUCAGUAUCACAUUGAGUGGAUCUACAGGUGGUCCAAUCUGUACAAGAUCGAGCAGGCGGCUUUUGGCGUUGCGGAUGACUUCCUCAAGAGAAUCAUUAAGCUGAAGAAGGACCUCUUCGAUCCCGAAGCCGAUGCUGAGGAUGAGAAGCGCGAAGAAUUGGCCAAGCUGCAGAACAAGGAGUUUGAGCAGAAGCCCAAAACCGUAAUCAAUCAAUUGUUCAGGUUUUGGUCUAAAGGAACCAUUGGCUAUCAGGAUGUUCGAGAUGAGCUCGAUGUGAUGCUCUACACAGGAUCCGACACAUCAACUCACUUGGCUUCCUACACAAUCUUGAUGUUAGCCAUGCACAAGGACGUUCAGCAGAAGGUUGUGGAUGAGCUUAAGACGGUUUUCACGGACAAAUCCGUUCCUGUUGACUAUGACAGCCUGAAGCAACUCACUUACUUGGACAUGGUCAUCAAGGAGACACUACGACUCUAUCCUGUGAUUCCGUACAUCGGCAGACACACCACGAAAGACAUUAAAUUGAAGAAUCUUACCGUGCCAUCUGGAACAAUGAUUGGGAUUCCGAUCAUGCGAAACAAUCGAGAUCCCGUGGCUUUUGGGCCGAAUCCUGAUCUCUUCGAUCCUGACAACUUCCUGCCCGAAAGAGUGGCAAAAAGACAUCCUUUCCAGUACAUGCCGUUCUCUUGUGGCCCCAGGAAUUGCAUAGGAAUGAUUUACGGUCUCUUUUCUGUCCGUACAAUUGUGGCCAUGAUGAUGAUGAACUUCCGAAUAACCACAUCGCUUAAGUUCGAGGACAUCAAGCUAGUAUAUAACAUCUCGCUAAGAAUAACAAACGAUAAUCUCGUAAAGCUAGAGCCAAGACGUGAUUUUUGGCUUGAGAAUAACUAAAAUCAACGCUUUAUCUUUACUGAAAAGGAAGCUGGAAACCAUGGCGAAUAUUGCACCAAAUUUAUCUCAGUGCAAACAAAUUGAUGAGGAGAGAUUCUUGGGAAAUUUUGUAGAGAAGAAAGUGUAGAGAAUCCAAAGAGCUAAAUUUGCCAGAAAAUGCCGCAAUAUUUGUUUUUCUCUCUUGACCGGUGACUAGGUGGAUUGCACAACAUUCUCCAAUUUAGCCUCAAGUAUUAACAUACAUAAACACAUGAUCCAAAAAUAAACAAGAGUGUUUUCCUCACUGUGUUUUGCGA